CUGGAAUUCCCGGAAGUAGUUGUGUUCCACGCUAGUCGAAAUCGUUGGCGCUGCGGAGGCGACGUGAGGGCUGCUAUUUGAACGAAAUAAAUUAUCAGCAAUCAUGAGUCUGUUGACCAAACCCAAGUCAGAAAUGACUCCUGAGGAGCUCCAGAAACGUGAAGAGGAGGAAUUCAACACAGGCCCUCUGUCUGUGCUCACCCAGUCGGUGAAGAACAACACACAAGUCCUCAUCAACUGCCGUAACAAUAAGAAGCUGCUUGGGAGAGUCAAGGCUUUUGACAGGCACUGUAACAUGGUGUUGGAGAAUGUGAAGGAGAUGUGGACGGAGGUUCCCAAGAGUGGCAAAGGAAAGAAGAAGUCCAAGCCUGUGAAUAAGGAUCGCUACAUCUCCAAAAUGUUUCUCAGGGGGGAUUCGGUCAUUGUUGUGCUGAGAAAUCCUCUCAUCACAGGAAAAUGAACUGUUCAGUAGAUGGAGCUGCAGGGUUUGUUGCUUUGUAUUUUGGAAAACAUUUUGGUUUUUGUUGCUGGAUUGCUGAGUAUCCGAAGGAAACAAGGCUUUGAUUUGCCUACAGAUGGCUUCUGUAUUUUUCAUUUUAAUAAAAAAAAAAGUGAUACAUA